AUGUCUGCGCAUACCGACUCCUCGGGCACGCUCAUGGUCCCUAGCCUCAACGGCACCAUUAUUCCCUACUCCCAAUGUAGCAUCGACACUUGCUCGCUUUCCUAUGCACAAGUCCAGUACCAGCCCUCCGAGAGCGGCAACCUCGCCUACUUGAUCAUCUUUGCCGCUGUACUUUUUGCCCAGUCUGUUCUUGGAAUCAUAUACCGAACAUGGGGCUUCUCCAUCUCCAUGGCCCUUGGCCUAGUGCUCGAGGUCGUAGGAUAUGUAGGGCGUGUACAGAUGCACAAUGACCCUUUCAAGAUGGACCCUUUUCUCAUGUACCUCAUCUGCCUAACAAUUGGUCCCGCCUUCCUAUCGGCAGCCAUUUACCUCUCCCUUUCGCGGCUCAUUGUCGCCCACGGAGCAUACCUGGCUCGCUUUGCGCCUCGCACCUAUACCAUCAUCUUUGUCACGUGUGAUGUCAUCAGUCUGGUCCUACAAGCGACGGGUGGUGCGUUUGCUGCCAGCGACGGCGACGCCAGCCUUAAACAGACGGGCGUCAAUGUCAUGAUUGCCGGUUUAUCGUUCCAGGUGGCCAGUCUUUUGACAUUCAUCAUCCUUUCAGUAGACUUUUGGUGGAGACUAAGAGGUACAAAUGGGGGUUACGAGCAAAAGGCCAUGAAGCUGAAAACGUCAACCAUGUUCAAGGCGUUUCCGUGGGCGACCGGAAUCGCAACGAUAGCAAUUUUUAUUCGAUGUGUGUACCGCUUGGCGGAGUUGCAGGAAGGCUUUGCUGGAAAAUUGGCAAAUGACGAGGUUCUGUUUAUGAUUUUUGAGGGUCCGAUGAUUAUGCUGGCUGCGAUUGCCAUGACAAUCUUUCACCCGGGGUUUUGCUUUAAAGGGGCUUGGGGGUCGCUGAAGUAG